CCAAUAAGUACGAGUGUCCGCACGUCUCUCUGAAUGUUUAGACACGUACUGGAGAAGUUACACGUCAAGUGGAAGUCGUACCGACACCGGUUUGUGCCUUGGAUUGCACUAAACAUUUCUAAAAAUGAGAAAACCCUCCGACACGUGAAAAAGCGCUCUGAGGACAAGUUGGUCCCGGACGAAGAGGUGUCAGGCAGCCUGCUGCGGCUCUUCAGAGUCCUCUACAGUGAGGCGGUCAAAGGUCAUUUUCACGUUCAGGUGACAAGUGGCAAGGAACUUAGUGCACACGAUGCCAUGUUCCGGUCACUUGGCUUCUGCAUUGAGCGGAAGCGGAGCACACUGCCUUAUGCAGGCUGCGGAGUGUUCGUCUCAAGAGGGGUGGUACCCAAAGGAGCCACAGUUGCCAUGUACCCUGGCACCAUCUACCAACCCUACGAGCCUAUUCUUCUGCAGUCCAUCAGAAACCCGUUUGUGUUUCGAUGUCUCGAUGGCGUCUUGGUUGACGGGAACGACAAAGCCGUCUCCAAAAUGGUGUACAAGUCCUGCAGUGCCAGGGACCGAAUGGGCCCUUUCGUGAUGAGUGACACCAGCUGGCUCACGGUCAGCCCAGAGAACCCGCUCGCGGUGGGCCAGUAUGUGAACAACUGCUCCAACGAGUGGCCUGCCAACGUGUGUUACCAGGAGUACGAUGUCCCCGACACGUUUCCCUUUGAGCUUCGCCGAUAUCUUCCCAAUGUCAACUAUGGCCCUCACUCACAGGGACCUCUUCGGUGCGUGGUGCUCGUAUCGCUCCGUGACAUUACAGCAGGCGAUGAGCUCUUUUCCAACUACUACACAAUUGUACACUAGUCCAGUGUGUUUCAACCUUUUUUGAGCCAAGGCACAUUUUUUGCAUUGGUGGUAGCGGGGGGUGUAUUUUGUAGCGUUCCGGAAGUGCAAAGGGUUCUGGGUAUUUAACUGUUGUGUUUAUGUUGUGUUACGGUGCGGAUGGUCUCCCGAAAUGUGUUUGUCAUUCUUGUUUGGUGUGGAUUCACAGUGUGGCGUAUAUUUCCAACAGUGUUAAAGUUGUUUAUACGGCCACCUUCAGUGUAACCUAGUGAUGGGUUGAUGAGGCGUCAUGAAGCGUUUCGACACAUUGCAAAAUUGUAUUGAUACUGUGUCACUAAAUACUGACAUCUGCUGGACAUGAAAAAUCCCUACAGGCAACCUAUGGACCGACUCAACUGACACUGAUUUUAUGCCCUAGUACAGGGGUCACCAACCUUUUUGAAACCAAAAACUACUUCUUGGGUACUGAUUAAUGCGAAGGGCUACCAGUUUGAUACACACUUAAAUAAAUAAAUAUAUUGUCAUUUGUAAGUUACACGUAAGUGUGAUUUAAACAAG